AUGCAAGAGGGUUUUCAUCAGGCAUCUUCAAAACUGAAAAGAAGGAAAAGAGAGGUGAUAGACGUCCAUGGAGGACGAGUUGUUCGACCCACUGGACGAAAGGAUAGGCACAGCAAGGUAUGCACCACAAGGGGACCUAAAGACAGACGUGUUAGGCUGUCACCAAAUACUGCAAUUCAAUUCUAUGAUGUGCAAGAUAGGCUUGGCUAUGAUCGUCCGAGUAAGGCCCUCGAUUGGCUGAUGAAGAAGGCCAAAUCUGCCAUUGAUGCACUUGAUCAAUCAGAUAAUCACAAUGCUGCAAAUAUUAUGCAGUCAGUUGAUCGCCAAGCAGAGGAAGGAUUUCGAGAUCAUAGCCAAAGGGAUACAUUUUGUCACCAGAUGCAUCCUGAUGGCAGUUUUUCGACGUCUGAAUCUGGAAUUCAGUGCGAAAAAGUUUGGAAGGAUAAUCCCAUUUAUCAUAACAACCUGAAAAGCAAAACUCAAGGCCAAAGCCUUCAUUGUUCUAGCCAAUAUCUCCCGGAUGACUCGAUUACUAUCUCUGGUUACGGAGAAGGCCUAUUCUCCAUGACAACUCCUUCACAUUUGGAUACAGAUUUGGAAAUGGCUGCAAUCCCAAGUCUGUUCACUUGGUAUCAUGAUAAUGGCCAAGAUCAAUUCUUUUCUCCAAGGGAACCCCUUCAGUCCAGUAUUUGUCCUCCCAUGAAUCAUGGUCUGUCGAGCACUCGAUUUUCAAGCAUUGGCCUUUCUGGCGAAGAAAUACUAAAAAUUACUACUGCACCAAGUAAAAUAGAGGAAAUGGAGAGGAGUAAUUCAAUUUCCAUGAAGCCAUCUUGUGGUACGCCAUUUUUGCAUUUUGAAGACUUCCUGGCUAAUAGUCCUCUUUCUCACGAUGAUUGA